GCGCCCCCGGAGAGCCCGGGCGGCCCUCCCCGGCCGCCGGCGGCUCUUUCCGCCCUCUUCCAAGAUGGCCGCCGCCGCCUCUGCGACAGGCCUGGCCACGUGGGCGCCGUCGCCUAGGAAGCCGCGGCGGCUCGGGCGGCGAUUGUCCCUUCCCGGGCCCCGUCCCGCGGAGGCGGCCGCCCUUGUCAACCGAAGCCUGAGCGAUCAUGGCAACGGGCUCGGGCGGGGAGCGCGUGGCAGCGGCGGCGGCUUGGUCGUGGGCCGGGGCGGCGGAGCGGCGGCGGCGGCGGCGGCGGCACUGGCGCUGGCAGCGGCCCUGAGCGCCAUGCGGCGGGGCAGCUCCGACGGGGAGCCGGCGGCCGGGCGGGAGGCGGAGGUGGUGGCCGUGGCCCGAGCGCCGGCGCCCGCAGAGCAGGUCGGCGCGGGCGCGGGCGCGGGCGCGGGCGCGGACGCGGGCGCCGCGGGGGAGCCGGAGCGCGAGGCGCCCGAGGAGCCGCGGGAGGAGCGCGCCCGGGGGCGGCCCCGCGCGGCGGAGGAGGGGGACGCCCGCGCCGUCCCGCGGCCGCCACCCCCGGCGCCCCGGGCCCAGCCGCAGCCCGCUCGGGCGCGGGGCCUCCGCCUGCACCGGGAGCCCCCGGGCAAGGGCCGGGGCUGCCGGCGGAGCUCGGGGAACCCGGCGGACGAGUUCUGCUCCCCGCGGCCGGUCACCGUGGACAGCUCCAAGGCCAGGACCUCCCUGGACGCCCUGAAGAUCAGCAUCCGCCAGCUCAGGUGGAAAGAGUUCCCAUUUGGCCGACGCUUGCCUUGUGACAUCUACUGGCAUGGAGUUUCAUUUCACGACAAUGACAUAUUCUCUGGCCAAGUGAACAAGUUUCCAGGCAUGACGGAGAUGGUGCGUAAAAUUACUCUGAGCAGAGCCGUGAGAAUCAUGCAGAAUCUCUUUCCUGAGGAGUACAACUUCUAUCCUCGCUCAUGGAUUCUGCCUGACGAGUUCCAGCUCUUUGUUGCUCAGGUUCGAAUGGUGAAAGAUGGUGACCCCUCCUGGAAGCCCACUUUUAUUGUGAAACCCGACGGUGGUUGUCAGGGUGAUGGAAUCUACCUCAUUAAAGACCCCAGUGACAUUCGCCUGGCAGGGACCCUUCAGAGCAGGCCAGCGGUGGUCCAGGAAUACAUUUGCAAACCUCUUCUUAUCGACAAGCUCAAGUUUGAUAUUCGUCUGUAUGUCUUACUCAAAUCCUUAGACCCAUUAGAGAUUUACAUAGCCAAAGACGGACUCUCUAGAUUUUGUACAGAGCCAUAUCAGGAGCCCAGCCCCAAAAAUCUACACCACGUCUUUAUGCACUUAACCAACUAUUCACUGAACAUCCAUAGUGGUAACUUUGUCCAUUCGGACAGCACUAGCACGGGCAGCAAAAGGACUUUUUCUAGCAUUCUUUGUAGGUUGUCUUCCAAAGGUGUUGACAUCAAGAAAGUCUGGUCUGAUAUCAUCUCCUUGGUGAUUAAGACUGUCAUUGCCUUGACUCCAGAGCUCAAAGUUUUCUACCAGUCGGACAUCCCUGCAGGGAGGCCGGGGCCCACAUGCUUCCAGAUUUUAGGCUUUGACAUUCUUCUAAUGAAAAACCUGAAGCCUAUCCUACUUGAAGUAAAUGCAAAUCCCAGCAUGAGAAUUGAACAUGAGCAAGAACUUUCUCCAGGGGUGUUUGAAAAUGUCCCCAGCCUUGUUGAUGAAGAAGUGAAGGUGGCCGUGAUCAGAGACACACUACGGCUCAUGGACCCACUUAAGAACAAGAGAGAGAAACAGUCCCAGCCGCACAAGAAGCCAUUAGCCGGGAAGGAAGGUCCUUCUGACUGUGAGCCAGCCGGCACCUCCGACACCAACCCCAAUCCUGAAGCCCACCUGCCCUCCAUCUGCCUCAAGCAGGUGUUCCCCAAGUAUGCCAAGCAAUUCAACUACCUGCGCCUGGUGGACAGGAUGGCAAAUUUGUUCAUCCGGUUCCUGGGGAUCAAGGGGUCGAUGAAGUUGGGACCAACAGGCUUUCGGACUUUUAUAAGGAACUGCAAGCUCAGCAGCAGCAGCUUGUCCAUGGCAGCUGUGGACAUCCUCUACAUUGACAUCACAAGGAGGUGGAACUCCAUGACCCUGGACCAGCGGGACUCAGGCAUGUGCUUGCAGGCCUUCGUCGAGGCUUUCUUUUACCUGGCCCAGAGGAAGUUCAAGAUGCUGCCACUCCAUGAGCAGGUGGCCUCACUGAUUGACCUUUGUGAGUACCACCUGUCCCUGCUGGAUGAAAGGCGCCUGGUGUGCGGCAGGAGCAGCACAGCGGGGGUCCGGGCCCCGGGCAGCAGCACUCCCCAGGGGGCCACCCCCUCAGCCCAGCAGGUGGAGGGCCACCCCCCAUGCUGCACAAACAGUGCCCACAAGUCCUCCCGUCCCAGACACGCACUGUCCUGACAGCUGCUGAUGCUGCCAGUAAAGAGCAAGCCCUUCGGGGCUGAAGAGAAACUUCUGGGCUUCCUGCCUGUGGAGAGAGGGCAGGCUGCGGAGGGCUCCUGCUGGAGAGCACUGCGUCUUGUCUCCGUGUCCUGCUCAGCUGUGCUUGCCAAGGCUGACGACUCCCACCGCCUCCAUCUUGGUGGCCCAACUAUUUAUGAGUCACUGGUGGACAUAUGACAUCCCCAAACGUGACAGAUGGCAUCUUCUAUUCUGGGCUCCCAGAAAGCAACCACCAGGGUAAAACUGUUGCGUUGGGGGCACAGGGCCCAGCGAUCCUGGCCUGGGCCGCGGCAAGGAAAGGGCCGGAGGAAGCUGAGGCCUGGAUGUGGCGGCCUCCGAGAGCCACCAUCCAGACAUCACGUCUAUUUCCUGCCACCGAGCUGUGAGAACGAAUCAUGUCCCAAUCAUGUGCUCUAUGGGUGCUGUUAACAGACUGGCCUCAUUUAUUUCUUUAGCUUGACUGUUGCUGCAAUGUUCGCUUUGUUAUUAAUUAAGAAAUAAUUAACCAAGAAGUAACUAAGUACGGUUUUCAGAGUCUCAGCGCUGAAGGAGCCUCGCAGGUCAUUUUGUUGGAUUUUGUUUGACCUUGACCCCAAAGCAGGAGCCCCACGGUCCGGGGCUUCUGAUUGUCAACGCCCGCCCCCACCCCCACCCCCACCCCGACUGUCCUUGGAUAGAAGGCCACAAGGGCAGCAGGCUGAUAGCAAGCAAAGGGGGGAGGGGGCUGGAUGGGAGGAGGGGCUCCGAGGGGAGGACAGGGAGACCCUGGUGAGGGCCGCUGUGUGCAGGAGCAGGAUGACAGAAGCUCAGGUGGCAGACGUGGUGUGAGGAAGAGGAAAGGCCAUGCUCUCUCUUCCACGAGACCCUUUGCCCGUCCGCAUCUGUGUCCCCAGGCGAAGGAAGGCUCGGAGGCAGCCGAAGGUGGUGUUUUGGGAAGCCAAGCACUGCAGAACACACUCUGAGCUGUUUGGUGACAAGAGCUGCCUGCAAUGACUUUGUUUUCCCAAACAGACAGCAGGAAGGCUGGGAGGGGCAGGAGGAAUGUGGGGCACAGCGAGUGCGUCUUGCGUCGUCUUGCGUAGGAACAUUCUAGAGGUGUCAUCAGCUUGAUUCCUCACAGAAUCAAGCUGAUGGUCCUUGAGACCUCACAGUCUCAGAAUGCUGUUCCCAUUUUCAGAUGGGGAAACAGAGGGCUGGGGGUCGCGUGGUAGCAUCAGGCUUGGUCCAGUUCUGUGUGUUGGCCCCAGAGCCACAUUUCCUUUAUGUCCCCAGGAGGGACAGGGGCGUGAUUCCAGCUCCCAUCCCUCUGCUCUGGGGCUACCCGUGUCCCUCAGGGCCCUGCCCACCCUCCUGCAGCCUGGGGGUAGGGGCUGGGACAGUCCAUGCUCCUGAAUGGUCUGCCCUGAGGGAAACCGACUUGGAAGACCCCCCCACCCCACCCCCAGCCAUUCCUGAAUCUCUGUUGGUGCUGAGCAAAUGGCUUCGCAGUGAAAGACCCCCGUAAACAUGUCUCUCACAUUUGUCACCAGCUGGGAGCUGCAAAGGGUCUUUGCAACCAAGCUCUGACUUGGUUUUCAGAAAGCAUUCACGGGCUCAAGGGGAGUGCAGUUUUCAAACACAUUGGAUGUUCUGGGGAAGACAUUGUGCAAGGGUUGAAUUUGAGCCUCAUGGUUUGGGGUGAUUUGAAAAUGUCAGUUCUCACGUUGAGGAGUGUCCUGUCCCUGUCCCCCACCCUCCCUGUCAUCUGUAGGCAGGUGGCUCUGCUCUGCCCCCCAGGGUCACUGUCAGGAAGGAGCCCCUCUUCUGCAGACAGGGUCUAAGCCCUGCUCCCCACACUGAGGUGUGGAAUGAGGCUUUACAAGAGGCCACUGAGUGACAUAUGGGCCCUUUUCACUCAGUGCCACUGAGCAGGGAGAGUUAGAGGCUCCUCCCUAUCAGAGUAAGGCCUGGGACAUGUCCCCACCUUCCCAUGCCCUGAGGAACUCCCACUUGUUAAGCCCCUUGGAAAUUUGCAGGUAGGUCGCAGGUACAUUUUCUUUCUCCUGGAGGAGAGGAACUGGAGCCAAGGAGCCAGGGAGCCAGGGUCCAGAUAUGCCCCAUGAGAGGCUGAGCCUCCUGUGCUUUGCCCUGUGUCAUCCCAUUUCUGGGCCACGGUGCUCAGGAUGCACUCCUGGCCUCUUCUCUGCCCUGGUGCCUCUCCUUCCCCCUCCUGCUGAUUCUUACACACACCACCCCUCACUGUUCCACUGGCCAGAGACCCCAAAAGGCGGGGGCUCUAGGGUGGGUUCAGUGAAUGGAGAUUAAGCUCAGCUCAUCUCAGCAUGGGGUACACCACUGGGCCCCCCACCCUUUUCUGCCAUGCCUGUCUUGCUCCUUGUAGGGUACCGGUCAGCCCCCCUCCUCUUCCACACUGGCUUUCCUGCUCCCCUCCUUCCAUCCUCCUAGGAGAUGUGCUUGGCUUUGCGGCUGUCACAGCCAGGAUUUUGGUCCUCACAGCCUGGCCAGCAUGGAGCCCAUGGUUGGUCCCUAUAAAGGUGCGUUAGAUCCAGGGCAGCUGGCCACACUCACGGGCCCUCACAGGCCCCUCCCCACAUGUGAAGGCAGGGUGUCCUGGAGACAGAAGCCUCUAGCCCCAAACAAGUGCCCUCUUGUUUCUUCUGGGGGGGCCCUGUUCACUCUCCCCAGCUUUGACUUCAUCAUCUCCUACCUUUCAUCCUCCUCAACUCGUCCUCCAUCCUUCAUCCCUAGUGGCCCCGGAGGAAUUCAGAGAACUCCAGAGCUGACCACAUGAUCUUCUAAUUCGAUCAACCCAUCCUCUCUGUCCAGAUAAAGCUCAUGCUCCUUAACCCAACAUUCAAGGCUGCUCGUAAUCCAGCCCCUUCCUUCCUUCCCAUCCUAAAGCUCUGCCUAGCCUCCACGCCUCAGGGAGCAGCCUCCACCCUGUCCCUGCCACCACACUCCCAGGGCGCUCGCUGUCCAUUGUUGAGAACAUGCUGGGUCCUGCCGUGGUGGCAGAGGCCCAGGGCGAGGCCCCACUCCCAGCUCUCCCACCCUUGUGCUUCCUGGUCCCUGUGCCUGGAUCGCCUCCCUCCAUCCAACAGACACUUAUCUUCAAGGUCCAGCUCAUACAACCCACUUCAAUCCCCCAUACAGAAUGAACUGUUCCCCCCAUCUCCUUGUGAGGAUCUGGAAAGUUCCAGUUUGCUGUAUGGCAAACUCCCACCAAAUUCCAAGUUCUGGCAGGUGAGGCAGGAGUUGGACCCAUGCGGGCCCCUGGAGCAUGACUGGGGGGCCAGCAGGUGCUCGCUGCAGUCGCACACAUGUUCAGCAGGUCCCAGGGGAGGCGGCGUUACACUGCUCUUUCCCCUCCGAGCCUGUGAGUGCCCUGGAGAAUCCUGGACAUUGAAACCUUGCCAAAGUGACUCUGCCACGGGGAUUCACUGAACACCUCACGUCCUCAGCUGGCUCCUGGGCUCCCCGGGGCACCGCAGCUGUUCCAGGAUCCUGAGCACACAGUGGCUCCUCUAACCCUGGGCAGUCUUUCCUUCGUCCUUCAUCCUCUUGUCCUGGGUUCAGGUCUGGACCGCCCCCCACCCCCAUCUGCACCCCCUCUUGUGCAGCAAGCUACAAAUACACACAGAAGUGUUUUGCAAGUCAAAGUGCUGUUCAUGCCGUGCUAUCUUCAGACCACUUCUGGUUUUCCACAGUGUGGAGGGAGGAACAAAUAACUUUCCUUCUCAAAUGCACCAAGACAAAUGAAGCCAAACAGUCCACUCCUCUCCCUCUCAAGCUGCCCUUUAUCCUUACCUUGAAGCCACCCGUGCGCUGAAGAACGGCCUCUGCUGUGGCUCUAACACCUGGACUUUGCCUUGUGAUUGGCAGAGUGUAACACCAAAAUAGCUUCCUUCUUUUUUCUUUUAUCUUUUUUUUUUUUUUCACUUCUUGAUUAAUGUCCUAAACUCCUUGGCCCUAUAAUUGAAAGCUGGGUUUGAAAUGGCCGGCAUUGAGCACUUUCCCUCAAAGCUCAGAAUUGAUGAGACCCCUUGCCAGGGAGCUGGUGCUCCCGGUGGCCCGGGACCUGUUUUCCUCUCUCUCUCAGCGAGCUCAAUUACCUGAAACCCACCUCGCCUUGACUGACAUUUUUUUCCAGUCGCCUGUUUGGUGUGAUGAAUUGGAGAGGGGUUUUCCCAGAUGGCAUAUGAAUUUCUCCCUUGUGAAAUAAAUCCAAAUUUUGCCUCCAUUCCCAGGGACAAAGGAGCUUUGUGGGACACUCAGCCUACUCCAUUACCUUCAUCUCCAGUGACCAAGAGUUUUGGUGUUUCUAUAACUAGGAAAACCAGGCAGCACAAUGCUUACGCAUGCACGCACAUGCACUCACACAGACACACAGUGCCAUCCGGCUUUUUAGUAUAAAAUGGCAAAAUCACUGAUGAUUCCCCCAUUUCUGGCAAUUUCCUUCUGAGUCUUAUUUAGAGAGCAAAGGGAAAGGGUUCCGGGCAGUCUGGGUAACACCAAGGGGCUCCUGGGAAACAUUUCCUCUGCCAUUCAUGGUGCUUGCCGAGAUUCCCACCAGGACCGUAGGGGCCAUGGGGACAUUGGGUGCUGCUCACCGGGGCUUCCCUGGGGCACCCCUAGGCUGCAGGAGCAAGGCCACAGAUGUGAUGGAGGAAGCCAGCCAGGGGUAUUUCCCCUGCAGAACCUCUUGCAUCACAAUUGGGAAACGAAGACCUGCUUCUGCUGUGCCUGUGGCUCUGUCGAGGUGUGACCGCGCACCAACCCCACUUCACCUCUCAGGCCUAUUUCAGGCCCCUAUAGUGGCAAUCAUGUCAUCAUGAAUAUAAGAGGCCUGUCAGGGGACUUGGAGCCCAGAAUCUACCGUAACAAAUGUCUGUUGAGAGAAGGACCAGCCUGAAUGUGCUAGAACAAGACAGAUGCCGGGGAGUACUUGCACCCACCUGGGUGUCCCUGACAGAGGGGCUCCUCCUCAAGGUCCAGGGGAGGCCCGAGCCUGAGCCAUCCUCCUGGUGGUGGGCAGGGCUUUGCUCUAGGCUGUGGCUCCUGCCUCUUAAAAGCCUUUGAAUAUUCUUUAUUAAAUUUUCAUGGCACAUAAAGUCAAGGUUCUGCUACUUGGCCUCAGUUGUCUUGGUAACUUUGUAAAAUGCAAUAAUAAAACAAAGCUGAGUGUUGCUAAACACAGGCUCAUUGUCAAAACGGCUGCAAAGUA